AUGAAAACCUGUUGCUUCCCCGAACAUGGCCGGCGCAGGGAAAGCAUAUGCAAGUGUGGCUAUGCCCAGAGCCAGCACAUCGAAGGCACGCAGAUCAACCAAAAUGAGAAGUGGAACUACAAGAAACAUACCAAGGAGUUUCCAACAGAUGCCUUUGGUGACAUUCAGUUUGAGACUCUGGGGAAGAAAGGCAAGUAUAUCCGCUUGUCCUGCGACACGGACUCCGAAACCCUCUACGAACUGCUGACGCAACACUGGCACCUCAAAACACCCAACCUGGUCAUUUCGGUGACUGGUGGUGCCAAAAACUUCGCUUUGAAGCCACGCAUGCGCAAGAUCUUCAGCCGGCUGAUUUACAUUGCACAGUCUAAAGGUGCUUGGAUUCUCACAGGAGGCACCCAUUAUGGUCUGAUGAAGUACAUAGGUGAAGUGGUGAGAGAUAACACCAUCAGCCGGAAUUCAGAAGAGAACAUCGUGGCCAUUGGCAUAGCGGCAUGGGGCAUGGUCUCCAACAGGGACACCCUCAUCAGGAAUUGCAAUGAUGAGGGAUAUUUCUCAGCUCAAUACAUCAUGGAUGACUUCAAGAGAGACCCUCUAUAUAUCCUAGACAACAAUCACACCCACUUGCUGCUUGUGGACAAUGGAUGUCAUGGACACCCCACGGUGGAAGCCAAACUGAGGAAUCAGCUGGAGAAAUACAUCUCUGAGAGGACCAGUCAAGAUUCCAACUAUGGUGGUAAGAUCCCCAUCGUGUGUUUUGCUCAAGGAGGUGGAAGAGAGACUUUGAAG